UUUCCGCACUCACGGCAUCGGGUUUUUACCUACUUCGGAAAAAGCAACAUGACGCAAAGUGUCUGAGUUCAGAGGCAGAGCCAGAUGGCAGAAACCCGCCGAGAGACGCGGCGUUUAGCGCGCAGGUAGAAGCUCAGGUGGAACCCACAGAGAUACAGGAAGAAGGCUGCAGAAACCUCUGGGAAAGAUAUGGAGGACUCCUCGAUGAAGGAUUCCUCAGCUGGGGAAGAGGUGUCACUGGGCUGCUCCACUUUAACCCUGACUCCUCUGGUACCUGAGUCACCGCCUGUCCGCCGCUCCCAGCCCAUCUCAAUUAUCUCAAGCAGGAAGAAAGGAGGUGAAUUUUUGUCUCCCUUUGUGUCCCCCAUACCAAACCCUUUUCCAGAGCUGUGCAGCCUCCCUCAAUCUUCAUUGCUUAACAGUUCACUUCCAUCAGAAUCAAGUGACAAAUGUUUGAUUAAAGUCCAUGGAGAGGACAACUCUUCCAGGUCUGUGUGGGUUUCUUCCCAAGCCACUGCCAGAGAGGUGUGCCUCCUAUUGGCCCGGUCAGCUCACUGCAGUGAUCACCAGAACUGGGCGCUCCUUGAACACUAUCCCACCCUGGGCCUAGAAAGAUGCCUGGAGGAUGACGAGCUCGUGCUGGAGGUUCAGGCCACCUGGUCUCUGAAGGACAAGACGAGAUUUGUAUUCUCCAAAAACUAUGCCAAGUAUGAGUUCUUCAAUAAACAAAUGCGCUUCUUCCCAGAGGUAAUGGUCUCAGACAGCACAGAUGCCAAAAAGAAGAUGACAUCUGAGGAGUUCAUUCAGAGCCUGAUGACACCCGGGACAUCUCCUCAGAUCCAAGGGUUUCUGUACUUGAAGGGGCUCAGAAAGAAGUCCUGGAAGAAGGUGUACUUCACCCUCCGACGAUCCGGUCUCUACAGAUCCACCAAAGGCUUUGAGAAGGAUCCUCGGCACCUGAGAUUCGCUGCUGAUUUGGAUGUUUCCAACGUUUACACAGUGGUUGACGGCUGCAAACUGUACGGAGCUCCAACUGACUUUAAUUUCUGUAUAAAGCCUACCAGGAAUCAAGGCCAAGUUAAGGAUUUAAAGAUCAUAUGUGCUGAAACUGAACACAUUCGAACACUCUGGAUGUCUGCUAUAAGACUGUUUAAGUAUGGGGAGCGGCUUCGGCAUAAUUUCCAAAUGUCCAAGUUGGCGCCAAGUAGCCCAGAAGGCUCAAAGCUCACAGACGGCAGAUCCAAGUCGGAGGACAGCUUGGUGGCCAUGGACUUCUCAGGUAAUGCUGGAGGACGUGUCAUAGAAAACCCGACAGAGGCGCAGAGAGCAGAGCAGGAGGAAGGACAGACUUGGAGGAAAAGAGAGGCCCUUAGGUGCUGCCAGUCGAACAUGAACGCAGAGCCCGGGACUUCCUUCGUUCACAAAACUCACCCGUGGUUUCAUGGUGGUUUAUCCAGAAAAGAGGCGGAAAGGCUGAUAGAGAAGCAGGGGCUGGCAGACGGGGUGUUCCUAAUACGUAGAAGCCAGAUGCAUGAGAACUGCUUCGUGCUGUCUUUAUGUUACGAGCUGAAGGUCAAACAUUGCAUCAUCGUCCCGAUGUUGAAGGAUGGAAAAAACUUUUUCAGCAUUGAUGACGGCGAGACUCUUUUCAUUGACCUCCUGCAGCUGGUUGAGUUUUACCAAAUCAACAAGGGCAGCCUGCCAGUGCGCCUCAAACGCCCCUGCAUCUGUGUGCAGCUUUGAGGUCCCUCUGCUCUCUGGACUGCUUCAUCACGCACCAAAAGCCAUAAAAAAAAAAAAAAAAAAAACAAGCUGUCAGGCCUGUGGGCAAAGAGUGUAAACCAGAGAGGAAACUUUUCAUCUGCGCCUCCUCGCUUUAGAUUUCUUGAUUAUUUUCCACGUGUUGCUGCAGAUGCUGGCUGUUUUUAUUGUAAUUAAUGAACGACAAACAGUCCCCACAGAGACAGCUUAAUGAGCCAUGCUGGACAGGCUUUCAAGCUUUGAGGGGAGUGUUUGGAGAAGAUGGACGUUGAACUUUACUUUCAUUCAGUGCCAUGUUGCUGAGUAGCUUUACAUGGCUGCAGAAACCUCUGAAUGUGUCAAAUCAGAAAAAAAAAACAGGGAGGAAAUGAGCCACACUGCACACUAGAGGGCGCUCUGACUAUGAUUCAGAUUUCCAUGAACAGGGAAGACAUUGAUGUUUCAGUAACAUAAAAGGUGCCAUGAAUUCAUUUCUGAAUUGCACCUUAAAGUUAUAACAGGAUCUGACCUAAUUGAAACAAUAUUAAAAGCUGCACCACUUUAUUCUGGUGUAUUGGAUCUUUAAUGCUUUAAUGCAUUUAAGGUUUAAAAAAUGUCUCAAUGCUAUUUUGUACGCGAAAGUAUCUCAGGUAAAGACACUAAAAUAACUGUUUUAUACAGCUGUGUGUAAAGGUUUACAUACCCUCAAAUUAAAGAAAAUUAUAAAUUCACACUACUAGUUCAAAUAAUUCAAAGCUUAAAAAAGUUAUGAUCAAUAAAUAUUUACUAAAUGACAAUUUAGUAAUAUCAAAUAUUGAUUUAAAAUAUUUAUAAAAAA